AUGAGUGGAACAUCUGGGACUGUGGAUUAUAAUCCGCUUCAGGAAGCCCAAUGCCGCACAACGAAGGAUUGGCUGAUUGGAAUUGCCACAUUGAUUGGGUCCGCAUUGUUUGGAUAUUACAUUGGCAUCCAUUUGUCAAAAAAGCGAACUCGCAUUAACAGUAAAAUCAAACUUUCCACUGAUAAAGUGGCGGAAACAAUUGAUUUAGAAGAUAUUGGUGAGCAGAAAGUAUUCUGUCGAUGCUGGAAAAGCAAUAAUGUUAGUUUUGAAACAAGUUACUUUGGUUUUACUGAGUUGAGCAUUGUUAGGCAUGACAUAUUUACCCUUUGGUCACGUCAUUUAACCGGCAGUGUCCGUCUUACGCGUAACUUUCUUUUUAACGAUGAAAAAUGGCCUUAUUGUGAUGGAAGUCAUAACAAGCACAACCAGAUCACUGGUGACAAUGUAGGACCGCUCAUUGUGAAGAAUACUCGAGCACAAAAAAACCUCCAGUGA